AUGUUAGCAGGCAUCCUCCUGUUCCCUUUGCUUUCUCUUCUUGCUAUGGCCUUCCCGCUGGAGAAGCGCCAAUCGGACUCGUUCUGGCUGGAGAGCAUCACCCACCAGGGCAAGGCCGCGUUCAACGACGACGCUUCCUACACUGUUUUCCGCAACGUCAAGGACUACGGCGCGGUCGGCGAUGGUGUGACCGAUGAUACGGCUGCUAUCAACCGCGCCAUCUCUGAGGGCAACCGUUGCGGCGCCUUCACUUGCGUUUCUUCUACUAUCACUCCGGCCGUUGUUUACUUCCCCCAGGGAACCUACCUCGUCACCUCCCCCAUCCAGCCAUACUACUACACCCAGCUGAUCGGUGAUGCGAAGAACCUUCCGACGCUCUUGGCGGCUUCCAACUUUGCCGGCAUGGCCAUCAUCGACGCUGACCCCACCGAAGGCGGCAAGAGCUGGUAUGUUAACCAGAACAACUUCUUCCGCUCGGUUCGCAACUUCGUUAUCGAUACGCGCCAGGUGCCGCCCGCCAACGGCGCGACGGGUGUGCACUGGCAGGUCGCGCAGGCUACCUCGCUGCAGAACAUCCGCUUCGAGAUGUCUACCGACGCCAGCACCAUCCACCAGGGUAUCUGGGCCGAGAAUGGCUCCGGAGGCUUCAUGAGCGACCUCAUCUUCAACGGAGGCAAGUUCGGUAUGUGGGUUGGCAACCAGCAGUUCACGGUCAAGAACGUCACCAUCAACAACGCGCAGACGGCCAUCUACACCAUUUGGAACUGGGGAUGGACCUACCAGGGCGUCACUAUCAACAACUGCGGCGUUGGCUUCGACCUCAUGACCGGCGGUACCACUGAGGACACGCAGACCACCGGCGGUCUCGCUAUCAUCGAUGCCACCGUCUCCGACACGCCCGUCUUCGUGCAGACUUCCACCGCCAGCUCUGGCUCCCUCGCCGGCUCCCUCGUCCUCAACAACGCCGUGCUCAACAACGUUCCGACCGCCGUCCAGGUCGCCGGUGGCGCCGUCGUUCUUCAGGGUGGCAGCCUCACCAUCGACUCGUGGGCACAGGGCAACGUCUAUAGCGGCGCCAACACCGCGCACAGCUUCACCCAGGGCGUCGUCCCCGCCCCCUCGAAGGACGCCUCCCUCCUCGACGGCUCCGGCAAGAUCUUCUCGAAGCCGCGCCCGCAGUACACCGACUACACGGCCAGCCAGGUCGUCAGCGCCAAGUCCUCCGGCGCGAAGGGUGACGGCAGCACGGACGACACCGCUGCGCUCCAGGCGCUCUUCGACGCGAACGCGGGCAAGAACAUCGUUUUCAUCGACCACGGCACGUACGUCGUCACCUCGACGCUCACGAUCCCCGUCGGCUCGCGCAUCGUCGGCGAGGUGUUCUCCGUCAUCGCGGGCAAGGGCGACAACUUCAAGGACCCGGCGAACCCGCAGGUCGUUGUCAAGGUUGGCAAUGAGGGCGAUGUUGGCACCGUUGAGAUCCAGGACAUCGCCUUCUCGACUAUUGGGCCGGCUGGCGGCGCUAUCGUCGUCGAGUGGAACGUCGCUGAGGAUGCUCCGGGCUCUGCGGGCAUGUGGGAUUGCCACAUUCGUCUUGGUGGCUCCAAGGGCAGCAACCUCCAGGUCGGCAACUGCCCGGCAGGCAGUCACAACGAGGAGUGUUACUCCGCGUACCUCGCGCUGCACCUCACCCCCAAGUCGACCGCCUACCUCGAGGGUACCUGGGUGUGGAACGCUGACCACGACCUCGACGACCCCGCGGAGGGCCGUAUCACCGUCUACUCUGGCCGUGGUAUCCUUUCCGAGUCCGCUGGUCCCGUCUGGAUGAUUGGCACUGCGUCCGAGCACCAUGUCAUCUACCAGUACAACCUCCACGGCGCGAAGAACCACUACCUCGGUCUCAUCCAGACUGAGUCGCCUUACUUCCAGCCGAACCCCGCCGUCCCGGAGCCCUUCACCAUCAACUCCGACCUCGGUGACCCCUCCUUCCCCGCCGACCUCACCUCCGCCUGGGCCCUCACCAUCUCCCAAUCCGAGAACAUCUUCGUCUUCGGGGCCGGCCUGUACUCCUUCUUCGUCGACUACACGCAGGAGUGCCUCGACACCUGGAACUGCCAGUCCCAGAUCGUCAACGUCGAGUCCGCGGGGAACACGAACAUCGCGAUCUUCCAGCUCAGCACCGUCGCGACGACGAACCAGCUGAGCGUCGACGGCGUCGGCGUGAUCUCGCAGGCGGACAACCGCAACGGGUUCGCCUCGACCGCGACCGUGUGGACCCUAUGA